AUGACCGUCACCACAACUCUCUCCCUCAUCGCUCCUCCAGAGCACCGCCAUGAACCCGCCCCCUUCGACCCAACCGUCGACAUAAAAGAUGCACCUUCCAUCAUCACCGCACUUCAUGACGCCGAUGCGAGCCUCAAAGUGUACACGCGUUCUUCUCCAAACUUUGAGACCCUCCGUGGCGUCUACAACAAACUAAUCACCCAACAACCUCUGGCAAUCUGCCGCCCCCAAACCAUCGAACAAAUCCAACUCAUCGUGCGCACUGCCCGUGCCGCGAAUCCUCCAGUCCCCAUCGUCCCACGCUGUGGGGGCCACGAUGUCUACGGACGAGGCUUGAAGCCCGAUAGCCUCAGCAUCGACAUGCGCGAGCUCGACACGCAAACCCUCGCCGAGGAUCGCCAGUCCAUCCGCAUCGGUGGCGGCGUGACAUCGCGGAAUUUCGUCGGAUUCCUCGAUGAACACGGUCUCUGCACUGCUAAUGGGACCGCGGGCAACGUGGGAUGGACGGGAUGGGCCGUGUGGGGCGGAUACGGUCCCUUCAAUGACUACGUCGGCCUGGGAGUGGACAAUAUCUUGUCUGCACGCCUGGUGUUGGCCGAUGGAUCGCUGGUCGAGGCGGGUCCCGGGUCGGAGCUGUUGUGGGGUGUUCGAGGUGCCGGUGGCAGUCUCGGGGUCAUCGUCGAUGUCACUGUGAAAGUAUACCCGAUGCCCGUCAUUCUGGCGGGCUUCAUCGCGUACCAGUGGGGAGAGAGUGAGAAGGUGCUCUCGGGUCUGCAGGAGUUGCUGGAUCAGGGUAUCCCCGAUACGAUGUGUUUGCAGAUGGGCUUCAUGAAGACCAAGUGGGGGGUUGGCAUGAGUUUGAUCUUUGCUUGGCCUGAUUCCGAGACUCUCGAUAAGGGUCGGACUUGGCUGGAGACUGUCAGGGGGCUGGGCGCUAUCCAGGUUGAUACCGUUGGUGAAACCACGUUUAAGGCGUUUCAAGGUAUCACCUCCCGCGUGGUGGACGAGCCAGUCAACGUCUGCACUCGCAGCGCCUCCAUCCCUCGGUUUACCCCCGAGACUAUCGCGCUACUUCAAAAGUACUCCGAGGCCAUUCCCGAUGGUCGCCAGUAUAACGUGAUUGCGCAUAUUGGACACGGAAAAAGUACAGAACCGAACCCCGACACGUCCUUUGCAACGCGCGAACCGCACGUGCUGUUUCAUAUCAACGCGUGCGAUGAACCGGAGCGCAUGGACGAGGCCCGGACCUGGGUAGACGAUCUGAUGAAGGAGAUAAAUGCUACCCGCCAAGCCAUGAAGCCCGUAUACGUGAGUUUUAUGGGUGAAGACGAGGACCCUCGUGUGAGUUUCGGGUCGCAUUGGGAGCGGUUGCAAGCUCUCAAGCAGUCAGUGGAUCCGGACAACGUUUUCCGGUUCCCUUAG